CACAUCCCUAUCUGGCAUCGACUCCCCGGCCUGUUGCUGGUCAGGCUGCAUGACAGGCUGCUGCUGCUCAACCCGCCUAGUGAGUCGCUCCCAGCUGCACCUUUUAUCCUCCAGAAGAAAAGAGCUGCUUGAACGGCAAAACCGUACAGGAUCCAAUACAGCUAUGUCUGAGGAGGUUGACGAGACGAGGCCUGCAGAGGAACAGCAGGAAAUGGAGGAUAAAGUAAUCAGUCCAGAGAAAGCAGAGGAGGCCAAACUGAAGGCCAGGUUUCCUAACCUAGGAGCCAAGCCUGGAGGCUCAGACUUUCUCAGGAAAAGACUCCAGAAGGGGCCAAAGUAUUUUGACUCUGGUGACUACAACAUGGCCAAGGCAAAAAUGAAGAACAAGCAGUUGCCAUCAGCCCCGACGGAGAAGACGGAGAUCACAGGGGGGCACAUCCCAACACCUCAGGACCUGCCUCAAAGAAAGACUUCAAUCGUAGCCAGCAAACUGGCUGGUUGAUGAUUUCAUGUUUGCUGUUUUGUUACCAUUCCAACCCCCCACUUCAUAUCUACCUGUGGUUACGUUUUUGUUUAUUUUUCACCUUUAUAUGUAUUCUCUAAGAACAAGUUAUGUACCAAGCCAAAUUCUUGAGAAAAAGUGGUAACACUGAAUUGCCAGUGAGUUAAAUCCAACAAAAAGUAGUAGCUGAAAAUGUUUCUCAAGAUCUUAAAAAAGACUAUAUAGUGAUUGAUUAUAAAAAUAUUAUAAAUAUGAAUGGAAGUUAAUGCUAUCUUAUUCUCGCAUAACAUUUUCACGUUUAAGGAUAUAUGCCUCCAUACAAAUUGCCUGUCUAACAGCAGCUGGAGAGGAAUCUUGUUCUGCCAUGUUACUGAUAGUUACAGAGGCAAAAACACUUAUGAGUUAUGACCACAGACAGUUUGCAUUGAUAUAUGUGUGAAGUAGAAGUUUAAUUUACAGAUACGCCUUUCAGUUUGAAACGGUUUUGAGUAUUCAAUUGCUCAUAUGGAGGCAUGUCUGUUUAAAGAGUGAAAAUACUUAAUCUUGCUUUUUUGUUUUCUAAUCCUCGAUUGUCUGUGUCCCUUCCUCUCUCUGUGAAGCUGUUUGGUUCUGUGCUUUCAAAGUACUGAAGAUUAGAUCACACACAGUUAGUAGCCAGUUGUAUUUUAAUUCAUUUUAGUGACAUUGGUUUUCAAGGACUUGCUGCUGGUCUCCAUCUCAUCCUGAUCUCUAAAAUGGCCUUAAAAGUUAUGAACCGUUGUUCCUCUUGAGCAAUAUUUGCUCCCUCAGUGAGAAUCUUGGUUAUGAAUUUUGCCUGAAAUGUCUGUCACUGUCUGACUGGAAUCACUUAAGAUUUUAUGGAAAGAAACUCCCCUGACAUGUCUGGAGUGUGCAUGUGCAUUUAUUGUGCAGUCACACUGUGCCAUUUGUUUUGUAAAUAAAAUAGUUUUGCAUAAUA